ACUUUGAGGCAGCAGCCACCCUGUCGUCCUCUACCUCAACCUCUGCUGUCUCUUUCUCUCUCUCUCUCUUAAACGCCUUCUUCCUUCCAUUCCAUCAUCUUCAAUUCUCUGGUUCUCCCUUCACUUCAACCUUCUACAUCCAUCUUCCCUAUUUAUUCCUUCAUUUUCUUCAUCUUCACAUUUCCCAGAUCCAGAUUAUAUAUAUAAAUACUAAUCAUUAGUCCACAACACAAUUCUUCCUUGGAGUUCCAAUUCCAAUUGUCGACAAACAAGGGGAGGAGAUCGAAGAUGCUCAAUAAUUGCUGCUGAAUAUAAAGAAUCAAAUUUUUUUUAGGGUUUUGGGCCAAAGUUUUAUGGCCAUUGCAGCAGUCAUGAACAACAACAACAACAAUGAUAAUCAUCACCAUCAUCAAGAAGAGAGCGAGCACGAAAACGACGUCGUGAUGCCGGGGUUUCGGUUCCACCCGACCGAGGAAGAACUGGUCGAGUUUUACCUCCGCCGUAAGGUGGAGGGCAAGCGCUUCAAUGUCGAACUCAUCACUUUCUUGGAUCUUUAUCACCACGACCCUUGGGAACUUCCAGCCUUGGCAGCUAUAGGUGAGAGGGAAUGGUAUUUCUAUGUGCCGAGGGACAAGAAAUAUAGGAACGGAGAUCGGCCUAAUCGAGUAACAAAAUCCGGCUAUUGGAAGGCCACCGGCGCAGAUCGGAUGAUUAGAGGUGAGAAUUUCAGGUCGAUUGGCCUCAAGAAAACCCUUGUUUUCUACUCCGGGAAGGCGCCGAAAGGGAUCCGAACCAGCUGGAUCAUGAACGAAUAUCGACUACCUCAACACGAUACUCAACGCCUUACAAAGGGCGAAAUCUCCCUUUGCCGCGUCUACAAACGCGCCGGAGUCGAAGAUCAUCCAUCCCUCCCUCGAUCCCUCCCGACAAAGGCCUCAUCAUCAAAAGCCCCAAAGUCAUCCCACAAUCAAAUAAUUGAUCAAUCCAUGGACACCCUCCAAGCUAACAACAACAACAACAACAGCUACAUAGGAUCGAUUUCAUCAGAUGGAAAACUAAGCGAGUCGAGCCCAAGUAGCAGCGCCGGCGCAGAAAUCGACAUCGGGACAACUCUAGCCCUAUCCCAACAAAAAAUUUACUCCAUAAGCCCAUUAGUCUCAAUGCCCUCAGCAGCAGCCACAUCAGAUCAAGAAAAUGAUCAUAGGAUGAUUCUGCAUCAUCAAUCCAAGAAUGGCUGCACAUCCUCGAUAUCAUCCAACACCUGUCCGACAAUCUUCCCCAACUCUUCUCCCCUCGCAGUCGACGACGAUCUCCACAGGCUUGUGAACCCUUGUUCUUACAGCCCACACCAGCCGGCUUCAGUCACUUAUCAGUUUAGUAGUCCUAACAAUGUCCAAACACCACCUCUGUCACACUUCUCCUCCACUAAUUUGCUGCCGGAUCAGUCGCCGCUGGCGGCGGCUUCCAUUGCCCUGAAUGUUGCUCCAGGGUUUCUUCAGGCAACCUCGAGCUCGGACAGAAUGUGGGAUUGGAAUGCAGUUUUGGAGGCAGGGAAAGACUACAGCAAUUUCUUCAAGUGACUUAAAAGGAUAUCCUUCUUACACACACACACACACACACACAUAUAUAUAUAUAUAUAGUUAAAUAUAUGUCAUGUAAUGUGAACGUGGACAUUACAUAGAGAUUCUUGUCUAAGACUAAAGCUGAUGUUUUAACUCGAAGUCUAAAGCCUCUUUGGUUUUUCUUGGAUAAUAAUGUAUUGAUGUGUUAACUCAUGUCUAAUUAUUCCCUAAGAUACAUUUUCUUUUUUAGAUAAUGAUUCAAUUUCUUACUAGGGUUCCUA